AUGGCCGACGAAGACGAAGUUGACAUUGAAGGCGAUUUUGAAUUGGCUAUUGAGCCAGAACCAUCAGUUGCUUAUGAUGUAAAUGAGCUGCCUUCCAAAACCGCGAAUCUGCUGCCAGAAUUUACACAGCCACCAUGGAUGCUGGAACAAGGCUGGUCUCUGGAUCAUCUGACCAUGGAUGAAAAAAGCAAGGCAACCAUAGAGAAAAUGCUUCUAGAGGAACAACAUUAUUUGAAUGGCACCAAGAGUGUUGGAAAAACCAAACCCUCUUGCAGCACACAGACCUCAUCCACAUACAAGAAACCAUGGACACAAGAAGAAAAGGACUUGUUUCAUAAAGGAUUGGAAAUAUUUGGUAGAAGUUGGACCAAGAUUGCACAGUUAAUCCCAACUAGAACUACCCUACAGGUGAAGAACUAUGCUCAGCAGUUCUUUAAAACACAAAACAAGCACAAUGCAAGGCUACUGCAAUCUUUUGACCUCAAAGACCUGGAAGAAAUUUCUAGAGGCAGUGACAAGCCACCUGAUCCAUUGGAAACUGCACUGAAGUUAGUCACAACUGGUCAACCAACAGUGCCAUCAGCUUUAGCUUCACCCCAGAGAAAACAGCUGAAGCCAAGCAUGCCUCUUCGACAUAAAUCAAAGAAAAAACCAAGACUUGAAGAAGAUACCUGUCAUUCAGAUCCAGUGUCAGCUGUUCAGUCAUGUACUGAGACCUCCAUAUUGCCUACUAAUGUGACAUUAAACCACUCAUGUCCUAAUCUGGAUACUGGUAUCCAUGAGAACCUGGAUAUGAAGCUGGAUAUUAGAGACAUGGAUAACAUAUUGCAAUCUCCACAAAAGAAGGAACUACCAGAUGAUGUAAUAUGUAUUGAAAAAGUUGAGGAAGAUGAAGAUGUAGAAAUAGACAUUGAGGAUGACUCUGAGGUUGAAACUGACAAUGCAGUUUUAUUACAAAGGUCAUCAUCUCCUAGUUCUGUUUAUGAUAAACUCAUUCAAUCAGUGCAUCUUGAAACACAGCCAGAAGUAGAUGAGGAAGAAAAUGUAGAGAAAGAUGUACCAAAUGACACAGGCACAUAUCUGGGAUCUCAUGAUAUUACAGAACACAGGAAUGAAGUAUCACGUCAAUCAGGUGUCUUAGGCAAAAGUAAAGACACAGAAGAAUCAUUGCUAAAUGGCAGUAUUUCUAGUAGUUCUUCAGUGAUCAAUACCUCAGACCAGUAUAAUAGUCAUGGUGUGCUGCCUUGUGAAAUGGAUGGCAACUCCACUUCCAGCAGUGAACUACAAGGUGGAGAACAGGAGGAUGACACAUUUAACCCAUGUGAGUUUGAGAUAUUGACAUCAACAGGGAAGACUGCUACAUUUCCAAUACCUGUUGAAGAAACUUCUUUGGAACGGGAUCAGAUUCUAGAUGAAGAAAAAUAUAUUCAUUCAGAAUUCUUUGAUGGGCGCCCUAUGAAGACACCCCAAAGAUACCUGACGAUCAGAAACCACAUUAUUGAUGCAUGGGAAAAGUGCAAACCAAAAUUUCUGUACAAGACUGCAGUACGUCCAGGUUUGAAAAACUGCGGAGAUGUGAAUUGCAUUGGUCGUAUUCAUACUUAUUUAGAAGUAAAAGGAUGUAUUAACUUUAAUUGUGAAGAGGUUUGUUACAAGAGACCAACAAAAAGAUUGACAUUACCCUCUAAAGUCAAGAUUGACAAGGAGACUUUACAAGCCCUUCAAGCAGAGAAAAUGGAAGCCAUGAGACCUAGAAAGAGAAGAGUUAGAGAUGCCUUUGGAAAUUGGAUCAAUGAAGAUGAGUUAGAGGGAACAACAAUAGAGCACAAACCUACAGAAGAAGGCUCAUCCAAACCCAAAGUUUACAAAAUAAAAUAUGAUCCAUUCAAGCUGGUACCUUGUAUGAACUUCUCUGAGGAAAAGAAGGCUCCUUUCCUGGUGGAUCUGUCCACCUCAGCCCAGACCAUGAUGGACGUCCAUUCACACAUGGCUAAGACCGAGGUGAUAGGGCUUCUGGGAGGCACAUUCUCUGAGGAACAGGGGAAACUUCAAGUGUUUAUAGCAGAGCCUUGUAAUAGCCUCAGCACAGGGAUGCAGUGUGAGAUGGACCCAGUGUCCCAAACUCAGGCUAGUGAGAAGAUCAGAACCCUAGGCUACAAUGUUGUUGGCUGGUAUCAUUCACAUCCAACAUUCGCACCAAAUCCUUCCAUAAGAGAUAUUGAGACACAAGAAAAGUUUCAGGAAUGGUUUUCAAAAGGAGGUAACCACUUCAUUGGCAUUAUUAUCAGUCCUUACAACAGACUCAACAACAGCAUGGUGUCCCAGAUAAAAUGUCUGACAGUUAGUCAAGAGCAGAGUAGUGCUGGUGACUUCAAAAUCCCUUACCAGUUCAGUUAUGUUUUGUUCCCGGAUGUGAACGGUGUAUUAAAUGAGGACUUCCAGAAGACACUGAGAUGUCUAAUAGAGAAGUUUGCAGUGUACACUAGCAGAGUGGAGAUGCUACUGAGAUAUAAAAGUGCCUCCACAGCAAGCUGCUUAGAAAAACUCCAGGCAUCUAUAAGAAGUUACCUUCCUAGAAGUGAUUCUUCACAGGAAUUCAUUGAAACUUUAAAAAUAAUGAUCCAGUCACAUUUUACUGCUGUUGAUGAGGAAGAAUACAAAGACUGACUUAAAUAGUUUGAUGACCAAAUUGAAUGUUGCUUUUUACAUGUUCUAUGUGUUAUUGUUACAAAGAAAUUAUUAUAGUGCAAAGUUAAAGAAAAACAAUAGUAUUUUGAUAACAGCUCAUUCAUGAAUUUCUCUGUGUGGUUAAUGGUGAAGCCAUUAAUAUACCAAAAUAUAAUUUAUUUUGAAUUAUACAUGCUGCCUUCAUUUCA